UCCGCGACGCAGACGCGACGCGCGCGUCCGUCGCGCGAUGCACGCCGCGAUGGUAUCGAGCGCCGCGGUGUCGACGUCGACGACGCUCGGCGCGCGUCGCGCGCGCGCGGGCGCGCGGCGCGCGCGAAGCGCUAGAGUUGCCCUAGCGGCUCUGUCGGCGCCGACGCGCGCGAUGCGUCGCGCGACGCCGCGGCGGGGCGACGCCGCGCGCGAACGCGCGGUCGGUGACGCGUGGAAUCGCGCGGUCGUCGCGCGGGCGGUGAAGGAACCGGAGGAGGAGACGAUCCCGAGCGAUGAUUUCAAGCCCGAGGAGCUCAAGUUUCGCGACAUCGUCUCGCUGUGGGUGACGCAGAUUUUGCAGACGUACGGCGAUAAGGAGAGCAAGGAUAACGCGCCCGUGUGCGAGGGCGUGAUCGAUGAUUUGGUGGGGGGACCGAUUUUCUUGGCGCUGUACCCGUACUUUCGAAGGUACGGUGGGGUGUUCAAGUUGGCGUUCGGGCCCAAGGUUUUCAUGGUGCUGAGCGAUCCCGUCGUCGUGCGAGAGGUGCUGAAGGAGAAGCCGUUUUCGUUCGAUAAAGGGGUGCUGGCGGAGAUUUUGGAGCCAAUCAUGGGACAGGGACUGAUUCCAGCGCCGUACGCCGUGUGGAAGAAUCGCCGUCGGCAACUCGUGCCGGGAUUUCACAAGGCGUGGCUCGAUCACAUGGUCGGCUUGUUCGGUCACUGCUCGAACGCGCUCGUGCGGAAUUUGGAUAAAGCCGCGGCGAGCGGCGAAGUGGUGGACAUGGAGGAGCGUUUUUGCUCUGUGAGUUUGGAUAUUAUCGGCUUGGCGGUAUUCAACUACGAUUUUGGGUCGGUGACAAAGGAGUCUCCCAUCAUCAGCGCCGUGUACAACUGCUUGCAAGAGGCGGCGCAUCGCAGUACGUUUUAUUUUCCCUAUUGGAACUUGCCCUUCGCGACGGACAUCGUCCCUCGACAGCGCGAGUUUAAGAAGAAUAUGUCCAUCAUCAACGACACGUUGAACGGAUUGAUCAAGCAAGCGCAACAGUUCGAAGGCACGGACGAUUUGGAAGAGUUGCAAAACAGAGAUUACAGCAAAGUCAAGGAUCCGUCCUUGUUGCGAUUUCUGGUCGACAUUCGAGGCGCCGACGUCACGGACGUGCAGCUUCGCGAUGAUUUGAUGACCAUGCUCAUCGCUGGUCACGAGACCACCGCCGCUGUGCUCACGUGGGGCUUGUUUUGUUUGGUGCAAAAGCCUGAAUUGCUCAAGAGGAUCCAAGCCGACAUCGACGAAGUCUUCGGCGACGACGACAGAACGCCCACGUACGACGACAUCCAAAAGCUCGAGUCUGUCCGUUUGUGCAUCGCCGAGGCGUUGCGUCUGUACCCAGAGCCACCGAUUCUCAUUCGUCGAUGCCUCGAAGACGUGACGCUGCCCAAGGGCGCGGGAGAUGUCGAAGUGACUCUCAUCAAGGGGAUGGAUAUUUUUAUCAGCGUGUGGAAUUUGCACCGCUCACCCGAGUGCUGGGAAAACCCCGACGAAUUCGACCCAUUCCGAUUCAAGCGCCCUUUCAAGAACCCAGGCGUCAAAGACUGGGCCGGAUACAACCCCGAUUUGCUCACUGGGCUCUACCCCAACGAAGUCGCCUCUGAUUUCGCCUUCAUCCCAUUCGGCGCCGGCGCGCGAAAGUGCAUCGGCGACCAAUUCGCCAUGCUCGAAGCCACCAUCGCGAUGGCGAUGACGCUUCGCCGAUACGAUUUCGAGUUACAAAAGGACCCGAAAGAUAUCGGCAUGGAGAUGGGCGCCACCAUUCACACCGCCGGCGGCCUCCCCAUGAAGAUCAAGCGCAGAACGCCCGCGGCGUGAACGUCUUCGAUUUCGCGCGCGCGCGACUCUCAGACAAUCGCCAUGCAAGUGUAACACGUACCCAUUCAACGCCCGAAA